GAAAUGCCUCCACCGCCAGUGCCACCUAAACCUCGCUCCUCAUCGGCGAUGGCCGAUCCGGUAAAUGUGAAAUAUUGCAGACGAGGUGUACUUCCUGCACAAGUACGCCCACUAGUCCAGCGUCCGCCAAGUCCACGUGAAGCCGGCCGAGCGACACCGAGCAUAGAACCGGAUCUGGUCGGGAAGGAUCGGUACGACAAAGCAUCUAAGUGUUUUUCCUACGCGCCGACUAAAGCCCUUAACGAGGCAUUUGAGCGACCGAAAAAACCAACGGUGACAAAAAUCGAACGGAAGGAGGACGAGAUUCAGAACAUCGACCCGAAAGAAGUUAGCAAUGUGAGUGCGGUGGUUGAACAAGCGCAACGUGCCACACCAACACCGACCUCAACGAUAGGCGGGUAUCGGCGGAAAAGACAUGAGACGAAGUAUGGAAGCUAUCGAACACUCAACAACGACACACACAACAGCGACAUGGAUGAUCUUUGUGACCCGGAUUUCUACCUCAACUACACACCGCCCCGACCUGAGCGCUCUUCUAAAACACAAACACAUGCGGGCACCAGAAGUGUCCAGUUUCCAAGGAAGCAUUACCAGUCGGUCCAAGCGUUCAUCGAUCCACUGGACGGCAUCCUUGCGUCGACAGCUCCACCAUCGCCGGUUUCGUCGGUGGAUAUUCGUGAUCGUGAGACACAUCGUUUGCGAAACUGCAAAAGUAUUGCAGCAUUAACCGGACCAACACGGUAUUAUUUAUGUGAUUCUUAUUUAUGUGAAGUCUUAGAUGCCUGGAUAGUUAUUAACGUAUUAUCUUUGGAAUAUAUUCUCUAUUUAAACAUCUCAAAUCAAAUUAUGUUCUACGUUGCUAUAUAUCAGGGCUUAUUUUCUCCGGUUGAGAUUUACCGACGUCGUAUCUUCCUUCUGGGGCCUACUUACCGCAGUGGUUAG